AUAAAUUUUACGAUUUGUUUGGAUUUGAAAUUUUACAAGUGGCACAUGUUUUCUUUUCAAGGACGGGAUAGAAGAUUUAACUGGAGGAAAAGAAAAAAAAAAGUGAAGGGAAACUCCAGUCUGAACGUUUCCUCUGUCCUUAGUUUCUAAGAACGGGUGGGGGCGAACAAGGUUGGACUGGGGAGAAUUCCUUAGCGAUUUCGUUCCGCCAAUAUUAAAUAUUGUUUCCUGAGGAAACAGUGACAUUUCCGACACUUCCUUGAUAGGAUUCUAUUUUCUAUACUUCCAAUUGAUAGAGGGAGGAAAACUAAGGACAAAUAUCGAUUUAGAAAUGGGUCUCAGCAAUUGCAAAGAUCACAAUGGAGGUAAUAAUUAUAUUGAAGGUGUUGUCUGCCAGGCUGAAGACAUCCCUGAAAAUGGAAUGAAAGUCUGCGACCUGGGAGAUGACGGGAAAGUGUUAGUGGUCAAGAAAAAUGGGCGCUUCAGCGCCCUCGGCACAAAAUGCACUCAUUACGGUGCACCUCUUGUCAAAGGUGCUCUUGGAGACAACAGGAUAAGAUGCCCAUGGCACGGUGCCUGUUUCAACAUUCAAACUGGAGACAUAGAAGAUUUUCCAGGUUUGGACAGCAUUCCUUGCUACAAUGUACAAGUCACGCCUGAAGGCGGGGUCAAGGUUAGGGCAAAACUGAGCGAACUCAGUGCCAACAAACGGCAGAAAUCGAUGAUGACCAUUGAUUGUAAAAAUAAUAACAUCUUCGUUAUAAUCGGAGGAGGACCGGCUGGUCUAGUCUGUGCCGAAACAUUGAGGCAAGAAGGUUUCAGCGGAAAGCUUGUCAUGGUGACUUCAGAUAAAUACCUACCAUAUGACAGGAUCAAGUUGAGCAAACAACUAGAUAUGACAAUUGAUAAAAUUCAACUACGCCCUGAAAAUUUCUACGAGACAAAUAAUAUAGAAGUGAAAACUGAUACUGAAGUAACAAAAGUGUGUACAGAUUCUAAAAAACUUACUUUAUGCAAUGGUGAAGAAAUUAAUUACACUUCUUUAUUCAUUGCUACUGGAGGAAUACCCAGAAGGAUUUCUAUCCCAGGAAUUAACUUAAAGAACAUAUUUACAUUGAGAACAUUGAAUGACGCAAAUGAAAUUCAAAAGCAUUUAAACCCAGAAGCAAAUGUUGUUAUAUACGGAUCGUCCUUUAUUGGAAUGGAAGCGGCUGCAUAUUGUUUGGGUAAAGUCAAAAGUGUGACAGUAGUCGGCCGAAGCUCAGUGCCGUUUGCCGAAAGUCUCGGCAACGCCAUGGGCGAAAGAGUGGCCAAAUUGUUCAAAGAAAAAGGAGUCCAAAUGAAAAUGAUCAUUACGAUCACGUCAUUUUUGGGAGAGGAAAAAGUUGAAAAAGUCGUUUUAUCCGAUGGUACCGAGCUUCCAGCCGAUGUUGUCAUUCUCGGCCUUGGCGCCUCUCCUGCCACCAAUUUCUUAAAAGGAUCCAAAGUUAGAUUGAAUUCAAACGGAACCGUGCCAGUAAAUAAGUUUCUUGAAACAAACUGUCCGAACAUCUUUGCUGGAGGAGAUAUUGCUGAAGCUCCUGUUUACGCUUUAAAAGAUGAGUCUCUGAGCAUAGGUCAUUGGGGUUUGGCGCAUUACCAUGGAAGAAUCGCUGCUCUUAAUAUGAUGUCAAACGCAACACCACUUAAGACCAUACCGUUCUUCUGGACCAUGCUUUUUGGCACAAGUUUCAGAGUCGCUGGUAGCACGUAUAAGCAUGACGCAGCAAUUGUCAAGGGCGAUGUCGAAGGGCUUAAGUUUGUGGUUUACUAUUGCAAGGGCGACAACGUCAUAGGUGUCACCACUGUGGGAACUGAUCCGCUAGCAGCAGAAUUCGCUGAAUUACUUCAUAAUGGAAAAAGCCUUUCGAAGGCACAGAUCGAAGCCAACCCACUUGACUGGUUCACACAAAAAUAAAACUUCAAGCUGCUACUUUUUAAAAAAAAGUUUUGCCUUAAUUGGAUCUGAAUUGACCGAGAAGUGGAUCAGGGUCUUCUUUUAGCAAUUAUUUUAAAAAUUUAAUGUUUAGAAAGGCUAAGAGAAAGAAAAACAAUAUAUUUUUGCUGCUUUUGUUUGCAUGUUUGUCAUAAAAUGGCUUGUUGUAUACUUAAAGCUUUUACAAAGUUACCAUGAGAAUUUCAAUGUGAUCUUAUAUUAAGGAAUUGGCUUUAACAAACAAACAAACAAAAAUCAGUAUUUUUUAUAAUUUAUUUUAUAUUUAUUAUUAUC